CUUUUCCGUGGCAAAACUUGAUCUGUGUGGGGGUUUCUACAUUCAGCUACGAAGAAAAGUUAUCUUCAGUCAUAUAACACUCAUAACUGGAACAAUUCUUCAAAUUCUGAUUAACUGGAAGAUUUUGCAGCUGUAAAACGAGGUGAUUAAGACAUGUCAGCGCUGUUCAAUUUCCAUUCAUUCCUUACAGUUGUUUUGUUAGGCAUAUGUGCCUGCACAUAUGUGAAGAUACAGUUCCCUGCUCUUCUUGAACAGAGAACAGGGUUUCGAGGUGUAUUCUGGAAGGCUGCUAGAAUAGGGGAGCGACUGAGUCCUUGGGUGGCUGUUGGAUGUUUCACAAUGGGCGUGUCUAUCAUAUUCUUCUGAAGAAGAUGCAUUAGGCUCCAGUGACAAUGUUAGAUUUUGAAGUCUUCUUAUCAUAGUUGAAACUUUUACUGCAUUCUCUCUCUGAGUUGCACACUUCACUUGGCUUUCAAUCUUGAAUCAUCUUUCUUGGAUCAUCAAACAUUGAAAACUAAUUACGUCUAAAUUGAAAUUAUAUGCAUGUGUUACAUCUCUUAAA